AGACUGCUUCUAAACAAGCUAGCAUAUAUGUGAACAAAACAUACAGCAUCUCAAAUCAGAGCUUCUAUUCGUCCUAUUACUACCUUUUCCUUUCUUUGCUUCUUCAAAAAAACUUUUAAGGCUCAUUUCCAAUCUUCUUGUUUCUUAAUUUCAAUGGAAGGCCAAGAUCUGAGCCUUCGAGUUGCCUCAUUUUCGUGCUACCUCAACCCCGAAGAUAGCUUUGUGCAGAAGAUCUGGGCGGGAUCCUCAAACCUUAAAAUCUCGAAAACAAACAACGCUGUCCCAGACGGGCUUCGAGUGAACCACAACAAUUUCACGUUCAACUCGUCCCGCCCGGUUCAAGAUCCUACCGUCGCAUUUAUUCUCCCCCAACAACCCCAUAACCCGAAACCGUCUAAAAAAGACGCCGAAGUUAGCAGCCGCAUCUUCAAGGCAGACAAGUACUUCAAUAAUACCACCACUGUCCCUGGAGGGAUCAAGUACGCAAACCCACAAGGCCAAGGAGUAGUAGGGGAUUAUUUCAAGUCUGCAACGGCUAGUAUGUGCUCAGAAUCAAGUAGCCAAAUGGCGCUUUUACCAAACAUCAUCAAACAUAAUAAGAAGGGCAUUGGAAGGAGGCUUUUCUUGGGAUUCAUAGGCUGCCGGGGUCCUUGUUCCGACAAGAAAGCCGUUUUCAUUAGCCACUCCAAAGAAAUGGAACAUUUCGCGACGAAUUCUGGGCAUUUAAGGGAAGAAGAAAAUGGAGAGCCAAGAAAAUCAUUGGAAGUGUUUGGUUCUGAUAAAAAGGGUGGCGUGGCAGGCAACUUAGAAAGGAAAUUAUCAAUGUUAACCUGGGAUGCCAUACCAAAUACUCCUCAAAACAUUAAUCCUCCUAUGACGACUCCUAUUGCGACGAUUAAUAACACUAUUUGCGACGAUCGGGCUAGCGACGCGAGUUCUGAUUUAUUCGAAAUCGAGGAUAUUUCUAGCACCGCCGGCCACGGAUAUGGAGCUUGCCGGACCGCAGGUUACACCUCUGGGUGCUCAUCUCCGACUCACUACGCGCCUAGCGAGGCUAGCAUCCAGUGGAGCGUCGUCACGGCUAGCGCUGCUGAUUAUGCCUCCGAUUAUUGCGACGAAAAGUGUAAUAGCAUUGUUGUUCCAAGAACCGUCGCAAAAGCCAAUAAUACUGCGACGACCAAAUCGUCGCUUAAAAGCCGUAGUUCCGGCGGGCUCUUAGGGUGUAACAGCUACAAGGCCGUAAGUGUCGCUGAAAGUGUGGCCAAGACCGCCGAUCAUCAACUGCCAAAGCUGGGAAACCAUACACUACCAUUAUCGUAUGCUAGAAAUAAUGUUUGAUCUAUAUUUUACAAUAGACAAUUGUACUUUUAAAUUUUGUUUUCUUUCUACUUUUUUGGAAAUAAGUCGUACGUGUUUGGUAUCAAUCCAUCAAUAUAUAUGUGCCAAGUUUUUUUGGGGAAAA